GUUAGCUGCUGCUCCUUCUGCAGACAGCAAACUCACGUCUAAAGGUGGAAGCAUGAAGCCGAUCAUGUUUGAUCGGCGGAGGCUCUGAAGAGAUGAGUGAUGUUUGUGACAUUUCAUCUCUGAGCCGUCUGACCUUUAAUAUCACAGACGCUUUCAACUCCUCCAACAGGGAAUAAAAGGAGGUCCAGGAGAGAGCGGAGAGCCAGGAGCGACUCUGACUCCUCAACUACAGAGCUCACUGGAACACUACUGCACAUCAUUCUAGGAGGACCAGGACCAGGACCAGGACCAGGACCAGGACCAGGACCAGGAUCUGGACUGGAGGAAUGUCAGGGAAGAUGUGCAGCAGCAACAGUGUUAUUCAGGCCCAGAAGCUGGUGGAGCAGCUGCGGGUGGAGGCGGGCAUGGAGAGGAUCAAGAUCUCCCUGACGGCAGCAGACCUGGUCCGGUUCUGUCAGGACCACCGGCGCAGCGACCCUCUGAUCACCGGCAUCACCGCCUCCUCCAACCCCUUCAAAGACAAGAAGAGCUGCGUGCUGCUCUGAUGGUCGGACCACAGACAGACACACAACAGACUCACAACAGACUCACAACAGACAGACACACAACAGACUC